CUCCAUGAUGAGGGGUGGAAUGGUGGUAUAAAUAAUGCUUCAAGAUGGAUUCGCAGCGGUAUGCAGGAGGCAUGAUGUUUUUUGACUGGGCAAAUUCGAGCUGUGCCCUUCCCACUUCAAACCCUUCGUCUACACGCCUCGGGCAUCUCUACUGGCAUAAACGAAUUGAAACAUUGUUCUAGGCUGAAUGGGAGAUCGGGCGUGCACGGACUCCGGGGGCAGCGCAGACGGGGCGGAAUGGGAGCCGCCGUGCGAGGCUUCAAGGAACGGAGACGCGGACGGCAAGAGCCCGUCUCGUUAUUGGACGGUGAAGGCCCCAUCCCGCUCAUGUGCAGCCGCCGCCGUUCUCAACGCGGUCAAGAGCCUGAUGGAAGCCGCGGCCCCUGGAACCGGCGAUUUCCCAUGGAUUUCGGCCAAAGAACCUUCUCAAGCUUCUCGAUGGACCAUGGAAGAAGAGAAGAGCAUAUUGGUGGUGGGGGGAGGGGGGAGAGGUUAAAUUUCAACUUGGACAUCCAAAAAUUAUAGUCUGAGAUGAGACCAACAAGGGCACGGAUUUUAUUAUCUUUUGCUUCAGAUUCUCUACAGUAUUCUUUAUUCUUUAAGGCUUUAGGUUUAUUCUUUGCAAAAUGUUCCUGAUAACACAAGCAGCAGCAGCAGCAUCACAAUCUGUUAUUCAACAUUAUGAUGAUGAUUCCCAAGAGAAGGUGAUUGGACUACUAACAACAUGUUUCCCAUCUGACCAAUCCAGACGUGCAAAGCUGGUGGUGGUGCUAGAAGGCAUGGAACUGUAAUUGAAAGUCACAGUAUAGUUCUUGUUCUCAUUCAGCUCACUAAAACUCAAGACCCCUGGCUCUACAGAGAUAUUCACCAACUCUGUUUGUGAUGACACCAAAACUUUAUACGUCGUCGUAGGGCCAACAUUAGUAAGAGUCCUCCUAUACUUAACAGUACUGAAUGCUUCAUCACCACCACCUUCGCUUGAAGUUGUCUGCAGCUGAACUGCAAAAGAUGGGUAAUUUAGAUCUUCCACAUGGUAUGUUUUGGUCGAAUCACAAUUGAAGGUUAUAUUCAUUACACUGGUAAACAGUUUAAUCUGGUCUGAGGUGUAGUUUAAGGCACAGAGAAAGUCUAGAUAAUCUUGGAAACUCAUAUUAUAGACAAGUCCAGGAUGGAGGGCUGAUAUGAAGUCCACGUGUCCGGCGCCGUGAUCAAAUGGAGUUGAUGCAUUUUCUGUGGCAGAAUCUUUGAUGGUUUCUCCAUUUUUGUACGUGGUGUAGGCUGUGGUCAUGAGGGCAGACCUAAUAGCCGCCGGGCUCCAGUCUGGGUGUGCAGUCUUGAGGAGAGCAGCUAGCCCACUUACAUGUGGGCAUGACACGGAUGUACCUGAGAUGAUGUUGAAGCUCACCUUUCUUGUGUCAGCCUUCCAUUCUGAGGGUCCAACCUCAUCUGUCCACCCAGCUAUUACUUCGACUCCAGGUGCUAUAAUGUCAGGUUUGAGUAUGUUCUCUGUGACUCGGUUUGGACCUCUUGAACUGAAUUUUGCUACGAUUGGUGAUGGUUGAAUACCCAACCGUGUGACCCCGCAAGCAAUUGUGGCUGUUGGAUUUGUGCUCGAGUAAAUAUAGUUCUUUAUCAAAUCACUAGUUGUCACACCCACUGCUGCAGCAGGCAAGAAGUGUACAUAAGCAUUUACCUUCUCUUCAUUUGACUUGGGGUUUGCUAGAAUCAUCCCCAGGCCCCCAGCAGCCUUUACGACAAUACCCUUUUCAAGUUCAGUGUUUUCACCGUCUCGAUCACAUACUACAAUUGUUCCAUUUACCUUCUUGGGAAUCAAACUUCCUUCCGUGCACUGAUGACCAGUUCUAUGAUGACUCACGGCAGCCCCAUAGACAAGCGGCAAGAACUUACUAGGUAGGCCUUCUCCAUUACAAAAUGCCACCCCAGAGAAAUUACUUCCAUUCCCAAGCUUAAUGUACACUGGAAAGUCACGAUCUAAGGUUCCAGCACCUACUGUGGUGAUCCAUGGUGCAGUGUUGGACGUGGAUUGAGCACUGGGUCCGUCGUUUCCUGCCGAGCAUGACACAAAGAUUCCUUGCACUACUGCUGCAAAAGCUCCCAGAGCAAUAUAGUCUGAAUGGUACUCCUUUGGCGGCCCUCCCAGUGACACGGAUAGAAUAUUCACACCAUCUUCCACAGCUUUGUCCAUUGCAGCAAGCAUGUCAGAGCCAAAACAGCCACGCAUCCAACAUACUUUGUACAUGGCCACACGAGCACAUGCAGCGAUCCCUUGUGCUGUUCCGUUAGCAUAACCAUAGAGGUUAGCACUGGGAACAACUGACCCUGCUGCUGUACUUGAGGUGUGAGUUCCAUGGCCCUGAUCAUCUGCUGGAGAUUUUGAUUCUGUUGUUUCAUUUAUUGAUCCUGAGUCAGCUUCAUAUCCUUUUGAGAAGAACCUUGCACCAAUUAGUUUUCGGUUACAGCUUGAUGAGUUGAAGUUCUUACCCUCUUCACACUCGCCCUUCCAGUGACUUGGAACUGGUCCAAGUUCGCUAUCUUUGAAGCUUUUGCUCUCUGGCCACACACCUGUAUCUACCACCCCAAUAAUCACCUCACUACUAGCGUUGCAUGUGGGUAGUGAAGUCUCUGUACUACUAUGGAGGCCAAGAAACUCAGGUGUUCGAGUUGUGUGCAGCUCAUAUUUCACGUCUGGCAGUACAGAGAGAAUACCGGGCUGCCUUUCCAUCAACUUAGAUUCCUUGGCUGUCAGUUGAGUGGAGAAACCAUGGACCACAUUGUUGUAGAUGUAAAGAAUCUCAGCUGAGUCAGAUACUGAUUUUAAGCAAGCGUCAUACCACUGGAAGUGAUCAAUGAAACUCACUGGCAUAUGCAACUUGUCCAUGUAAAUGAUGUAGGUCUUCUUUUGCUGGUUCUUCAUUUCUGUGAUGUAAGUCCGGUUAGGCCACGGGUUCUUCGUUUGUGUGGCCGCAUAAGCUUGAUGUAAAUUGAGGAGUAUUACCAUUGCUAAUAGAAACUUGUGCCUAAGGAACUUCAUCCUCUCACUCAAAAAUCUCUGCAAAUUCUAAGAUACAGUUAUUCGAAACAUGAGCUUUUUAAGGCAAUGGUUUUGUUUCAAAAAUGUGGAAAUGGUUGUGAAGC